CCGAGCCAGUCUGGGCGCGUAGGUGGCGCGUUGCCAGCAUUCUAUCCCUUUAGGUUGCCAUGCCUGAUCCCAAUACAGGAAUCUGGCACUAAAAACAGAUGAUGAAUCAUCGACAUGACGCAACGAAGCAGUUAUAAUGACAGCAGGUUAUAGUUUUAUUAAGAGGACUGAUCCCUCCCACUCUUUAGAAUUCUUAAAAGUAAUCCGUCUCAUGUUUUACUAUCUAAAUUAUUCAGGCCGCGCUUUCACCUAGGUAACAUCAUGACCGCAGUCCAGAAGCCAGAGGAGGGAGACAAAAGUAUACUAAACCCAGCACUUUCUGGUGCUAGUUCACUAAUUGUAUUGUUUUUGCUAGUCUCUUGGAAUUGGGGCGGUGGUGCCCCUGGGGGCACAGUGGCAGAAACGAAGGAGAAAGGAGCGAUUGAGAUCAAGACACAGCGCGGGAACACAGUCAAAAGAAACGCCGAUACAAAUAACCCUGCCGUCCGCAUUGAGCGGUCAGGUAAUGAUGUCGUCAAAAGAGCGUCGGAAUUGACUGUCGAAGAAAAGCAUAAAGGUCACCGAGGCAGUACGAAACGCAAGGCCGAUGAUCAAGACCCCGGAAACGAUACGGAUGAGAAAGAUGAGGAUGAAGAUAUCGAUGUUAUCUCUGAUGGGGUUGACGAAGAGCCUCAUACAAAAAAUGAAAGGGGUAAGGAGGUGAAGAAAGGUGGCAAGGAGGCUAACAAGAAGCAAAAGAGGGAACAAGAAGAAGAGGAAGAAGAAGAGGAAGAAGAAGAGGAAGAAGAGAUAUCUGAACAAGACGAGGAUGACGACAAAAACACAAACGAGACUGAUGAAGACAUAAGCGAAGAAGAUGAGGAUGAAACAGGAGAUGUAGAAACUGCAGAUGGCGAAGUAGAUCUAGAUUUAUGAACAAUAGCUUACCGACUAUUCAAAAGACGGAAAGAAGAACGACAAAGGUGUGGAUGGCAAGACUGACAACACUAAAGGGAAGUCCAAACCAACGUCCAAGGCCAAUGGCAACUCAGAAACAAAUAAAAAGCAACAUCAGC